AGCGGCCUGGCCUGCAAACCUAACCGGGACCGGGGCAUGGCUCUCGCCCACACAGCUAGGCCAACCCGGAAGCCCAAACUGAUCUCCUAGCUGCUGUUCCGAGUUCCUACAUCUGUCUGUAAUGGCUGUAGAAGCACAAGAGAAGGAAAGAGUGCAUUUGUAUAUAUGACCAAGAUGUUAAAUCGACAAACAGUAAUGUGUUGAAGAUCUCAAUUAGGUGCUUGCAGGUGAAGUUACAACGUUUAAAGAAAUGGCUUCAAGUGAUAUGAUUCCAGAAAAUUUGAAGCAUCAUCAGCAAAAGAACAGGAAGCUUCCCAUUAGGUCCAUUGACCAUGAAGCUGAAGCAGAUGGCUGUUUUCUUUUUGAAGCAGAUGAAGCUUGGAAGGAAUAUCACCAAGCUCUCUAUCAGUUCUAUGAAGCCAAAGAACUGUGUGAUGUAACAUUGAAGGUUGGGCCUAAAUUAAUUCCAUGCCACAAAUUGGUGCUAGCCUGUGUGAUUCCAUACUUCAGAGCAAUGUUUCUUUCAGAAAUGGCUGAAGCCAAACAGGACUUGAUAGAGAUUAAAGAUUUUGAUGGCAAUGCAAUGGAUGACCUUGUGAAGUUUGCUUAUUGCUCGAGGAUUAAACUUACUGUAGACAACGUACAACCUCUUCUGUAUGCAGCAUGCAUUCUGCAGGUAGAGCUUGUGGCCAAGGCGUGCUGUGAAUACAUGAAAGCCCAUUUUCACCCAUCAAACUGCCUAGCAGUCCGGUCAUUUGCUGAGAGUCACAACCGCGUUGACUUAAUGGGCAUGGCUGAUAAGUAUGCUUGCGAACACUUUAAUGAAGUAGUAGAAUGUGAAGACUUUAUAAAUGUUUCACCAAAGCACCUCAUUGCACUUCUUUCAUCCAGUGAUCUGAAUGUGGAAAAAGAAAAGCAAGUGUAUAAUGCUGCUGUGAAGUGGCUGUACUCAAAUCCACAACAUCAUGCCAAGUGGUUGGACCAAGUUCUUGCACAGGUCCGAUUGCCAUUAUUACCUGUUGAUUUUCUCAUGGGGGUUGUGGCUAAAGAAAACAUAAUCAAACAGAAUCUGAAGUGCAGGGACCUGUUGGAUGAAGCCAGAAACUAUCAUCUUCAGCUAAGUAACAAGCCAGUGCCAGACUUUGAAUACUCCAUACGCACAACAUCAAGAAAAUACACUGCCGGCGUCAUGUUCUGUGUCGGUGGCAGAGGAGGAGCCGGUGACCCAUUCCGCAGUAUUGAAUGUUACUCCAUUAGCAAAAACAGCUGGUUCUUUGCGCCUGAAAUGAAUAGUCGAAGGCGACAUGUUGGAGUGAUCUCAGUGGAUGGGAAAGUCUAUGCAGUUGGGGGUCAUGAUGGAAAUGAGCAUUUGGGUAGCAUGGAAGUAUUUGAUCCAAUGACAAACAAAUGGAUGAUGAAGGCUUCUAUGAACACUAAACGGAGGGGUAUUUCUCUGGCGUCCCUUGGAGGCCCAAUUUAUGCUAUAGGAGGUCUAGAUGACCAUACGUGUUUUAGUGAUGUCGAGCGAUACGACAUUGGCUCAGAUCUGUGGAGCACUGUGGCAGCAAUGAACACACCAAGAGGUGGUGUAGGUUCAGUUGCACUCGGGAACUAUGUGUAUGCUGUUGGUGGAAAUGAUGGAGUGGUUAGUUUGUCUAGUGUUGAGAGAUACGAUCCCUACUUGGACAAAUGGACAGAAAUUAAGGAUAUGGGACAAAGAAGAGCUGGAAAUGGAGUUGGUGAACUAAAUGGCUGCUUGUACAUAGUUGGUGGGUUUGACGAUAACUCUCCACUCAGUUCUGUGGAAAAAUUUGAUCCUCGUACAAACAAGUGGGAAUAUGUAGCUGAGUUGACAACACCCCGUGGUGGAGUUGGAGUGGCAACUCUAAUGGGGAAAAUCUUUGCAGUUGGUGGCCACAAUGGCAACGUUUAUCUAAAUACUGUGGAAGCCUAUGAUCCGACAAUGAACAGGUGGGAGUUGGUUGGAUCCAUUUCACACUGCAGGGCUGGGGCUGGAGUAGCUGUGUGUUCUUGCCUGGUCAGCCAGAUCAGAGACAUUGGCCUGGGAUCCAGUAACGUUGUUGACUGCAUGUGAUUUCUGCAGUCGACAUGGGAUACGGUAGAGUUUUCUGAAGAUAGUAAUUUUACGGAGGAAAAAUUCCAUUCCAUGUAUCCAGUUACUGUAGAAUGAGAAAGAAGGCUGGAAAAAUUGAUUACAAAAUUUCAGUUUGGUUUUUAUUUUAAUGUAUGCAGGUUUGAUUUCUUAGAACUGUUUGAAGUGGGUGUGUUUUGCAUUGUAUUUAAUGGUUUUGCAAAUUGAAUGCAUGCUGUUCUUCUAGCACAACCCUGGCUGUUUCCAACCGGCCUGCAGCUCCUUUGGAGUCUUGUAAGAUGCCAGUGAAUGCAUAUUCCCUCUCUUUCUGAUUUGAACUUAACAGUUAUUGGCGGACUUGUGCAGAAGAAACCUCAAUUGUAAAUUUAUUGGUGGAACUAAUUCCUUGUGGUACAGAUGCUGAAGAAGAAAAAAAUGCAUUGUAGCUGUUUUAAAAAAGAAAAUGUCCAGGGAAAAGCUAAAACUUUGUAGAUUUUAUUUCACAUUGAAAAAAAAAUAGGUUUGUUUGUCUAGAAGUUUCUAUUUGAAGGAAACAUUAAAUAUACUCUUAGCCUCUUCGCUUCUGCCCUUCUGUGUCUUAACCAGUCCUUAGUGGUAUGUCAGUGGUCCUACCGCUUUCUCUCCUUGCUUUCCCAACCUCCCCCCCCCCCACCACCAUUUCAAGGUUCCUAAAUGCAUUUAAAUUCUAGCAAGUUUAGCACCAAAUUCAGCAAGCAAUAAUUCUUGUUUUGUGAAGCCAAAAGCAAUAGUGCACUGUUUCAUUAUUAGCUAGAAUAUUUACAAUAUUGUUAUUAUUGAUAAUCCUGUCAUUGUGAAUUCUUGCAAAAAUCUUGCAAUUGAUAGAUUGAUAACUAAGGUUUCUAGUUUUGAUUUUCACUAAAUACCCAUACUGAACCUGUGCAUAACAGUGAUGGGCCUUCCCAUGUGUGUUGGUAACAACUGACUAUUCGUUAGUAUCUUUGAUCCCUGUUUUAUAUCAUCGUGUAUCGUCUCCUAAAACUGCCUGCACCUUCCAGAAUUGUAUACAAAACAUUGCAUAAAUUGACAUGCCUUCAGUGAGAUAACUGAAUGUUUAUUUUGUGAAAGAUUUGGUAGUUUAAUUUUUGGGACAAAGGAAUGAUAAGUUUCCUGAUAAAGAAUGAAACAAAAGGGGAUAAACACCUACAGUAAUUCUCCUACCUAAAUUCAGAAACCCUUGUAUUUCACACACUGAGUUGCUGAUUGUACUGGGAUUCAUUAAAAAAAUAAUGUGCGAGCUCACAGAGAUGGUAUAAACCUCUAAGGACAUGUUCAUCCCUUUUGCCAUUUGUGUCUGUGUGACCAUUGGCAAACGCUCCUUCAAGGAAAAAUUUUGGGUAGUUAGGAGGAUACCUGAAAAGGACAGGAAGAAGAAUCACAAACUAUGUUGGGAAGUAGAUGGGGAAAAACUAAGCCAUAAUAGAAUUCCUGACCACAGGUUUGUUUUUAAUUUAAAUGACAGCAAUAAGAAAUGUGUUGGCAUUGAGCAGCCUAAACAUGUCAAGUUACAAUUUGCUGUAUCAUCGAAGGUAAUGUUUAAAAGCCUCAAAUAAUAUUUACAUGAAUGAUUUAAGUUAUUAAAACCUACUUCUCCCACAUUAGUUUGCCAAGAGUUCUUCCUGACCAGUUAUUGAAAGGAGGAGGUGAAUGAACAGAAACAAAGGGAAUCCACAUCAUUAUUUAACCACUGAGUAAUUUAAACAACACAUUGUUUGAAGAAUAUAGGUGCAGCAAAAGAUUCAUAAGAUGAUCCAUGGUUAUAGUCUUUAGUCCUCAGCAUCAUUUUCACUUCAGGAUGGGCUUCAAUGUAAUAAUUACAAGCACCAAUAAUUGCUUAAAGUUUAAAUUAAAACAGAUAUUACGAUUAUUUAAAAUGAAACUAUUCGUUUUGUAAAACUCUGCUUUUAAUGUUAGCAUUGGUAAAUUGUUCAAAACAGUUUACAUUAUAAAUUUUGUAAUACAAUCAUAAUUAAUGAAAUUUAACUUUUUUUGAAAUGUCUUGUUACAUUUAAAUCCUUUACUAAUUGUGAAGAAAAAAGUUUUGCCAUGUUAUAUCUAUGUACACAAAAUUUAAGACAAUUCAAACACUGACUUUGUCAGUGAACAUUAUGAUGUAUUAAAGCAAAAUCUUACAGCUGUGGGCACAUGCUGUCAACUAUUUUUAUUGUACACAUAUAAAAGCCACUUAAUUGCAUUGCAAUUGCAUCUUCCUUACCAAUGCUAAUGUAAAACUAUGUUUGCUCAAUAUUUCAUCUUCCAGCUUCUCUGCUUCCUGAGGUAUGAUGUUGUUUCUUUCAGUUAAUGUAGGGUCCUGGAAAAAUAACCCAGAAACUGUGUUUUAAUCACAGCACUGCAGUUAGAGGGUUAAAGAGGGUUAAAGAGCCCAUUGGAUUUUACUGCCAAAAAAUAUCAGUGUUUUCAUCCUUUCUUUGUCAUGUCUGUGCCAUGAUGAGUGUUGCAUCUGGCAAAAAACAUAACUAUAUCUUUCUAUGAUAAGUUUAGAUCCACAAUUCUUUCCCAGAUUAUCUCA